AUGAUCCGACGUGAGGGUCAUGGUUUGGCCUUGGAUUUCUACUGCCUGGGCUGCCUCCUGCAGGGAGCCCCAGAAGUGGAUCCAAGGUACGUCCUGCUGACCGGAAAGUUGCCUCACUUCACCGGUGAUGUAAACCAGAUGUGCGCACGGCGAGCCAAGGGCGAGGCCUUUGAGGUGCCCAAGCACCUGUCGCCGGCCGCCUCGGAUUUGUGCCAACGACUCCUGGAGGCCGACCCGGCGGAGCGGCUGGGCACCAAAAACUCGGCCAUGGAGGUGAAGGAGCAUCGGUGGUUCGAACAAGUCGACUUCCACAAGGUCUAUCGAAAGGAGCCGCAGAGGAUCUUCCCGAAUUUUCCACCCAUUGAUCCUCAGUUGACUCCUGACCAGAAUUUUAGCUCCCAGUCAGCGGCUCAGCGACGCACGGCAUUGAUUACGCAGAUUCUCCAAGCUCAAAUGCGCGGCGAUACUAUGGAUCUGUAA